AGAGACAAACACGCGUUUAAGUAGAAGAAAACCAAACCCCCCUCUCUCUCUCCCCCCUCUUUCUCUCUCUAAAUCGCCAUCUCCAUUGAUUCGAUCGCUCACGAACAACAUCAUAUCGAUUCGAAACUGACAGGGGUACGGAGCUCAUUGAUCUAAAAUCCUCAAUUUGAGAUCGAAAUGACAAGAUACAACUGCUGAUUCAGAUGGCGUUUAACCUGCAUCAAUUAUUAUUAUUUGUUUUAUUCUUGUUGUUUUCGUGUUUCUCGAGCGUUUCUUGUGGCAGUGAUCAUGAUGUGUCGCAACUGCCUCCUGUUACGCCUAUCAAUCGCGAUCUGUACCGCACUAGGUAAACUUAUCAUUGCUGCCCUGAUGGAAGAGAUAGAAGCGUUGGUUAACCGACACCCAGAUAAACUCCACAUGGAGACAUUUCGAAGUUCAAAUAAGGGAUACAAUGCUGAACUGAAUGUCGUUACAUAUUGCCAGAACAGAACAGCUAUUGAAGACAAAUCGAAGUUUCGAAUACUUCUUAGUUUUGGGCAGCAUGCGCGGGAGCUAAUAACCACUGAGCUUGCGUUAAGGAUACUCUCCAUUUUAAGCGAGGAGCAAUUUUUACCUAAAGUGGAUCCGUUGUUACUGAAAAAGACCCUUGAGAAGAUUGUUAUAAAGGUGGUACCAGUGGAAAAUCUGAAUGGACGCAAGAAAGUGGAAGAAGGAGACCUUUGUGAAAGAAGAAAUGGCAGAGGAGUAGAUCUCAACCGGAAUUGGAGUGUAGAUUGGGGGAAAAAAGAGAAGGAUUUUGAUCCAUAUGAGGAAUUUCCUGGUGCUGCCCCUUUUAGUGAGCCUGAGGCUCAACUAAUGCGGAAGCUCUCAAUGUCAUUUGACCCGCAUAUAUGGGUCAACGUGCAUUCUGGAAUGGAGGCUCUGUUUAUGCCAUACGAUCACAAAAACACAACACCAUCUGGAAUACAAUCCGAGAAAAUGAAGUUGAUGCUUGAAACAUUAAACCACCUUCAUUGUGGAGACCGUUGUGUGGUUGGAUCAGGCGGUGGAUCUGUUGGGUAUCUAGCACAUGGUACCACAACGGAUUACAUGUAUGAUGUGGCAAGGGUCCCCAUGUCUUACACUUUCGAGAUUUAUGGAGAUGAAAAAGCAUCCUCAAGAGACUGCUUCAAAAUGUUCAACCCUGUGGACCAUGUUACCUUCAAUCGAGUUUUGAACGAAUGGUCUGCCAUGUUCUUUGCAAUGUUUAACAUGGGGGCGCACCAGAUGACGGAUGUGCAAGAAUCGACCCCUUUUAACAACGUGGAACACUUAAUUUCCAUAGAUGACUAUUUAAACGGUUACUUAAUCGAGAGGAAAAACCGGUACGGUGAAAAGAAGGAAUUUCUGGACCUGGGUUUGCAAGAAAUCAGAACCUAUUUCAGACUGUUCCUGCUGUCUUCAGUGAUGUUAAUGUUUAUGUUCUGUUCCAGAAUUGCAAAGAGUAAUAGAUCACACUUGCCUUCUAUUCCUCUUUGAUAAUAUCUAGGUGUGUAACAUUAUUACUUAUUUUUAUGGGUUUUCUCCUUACCAUUUUUUAAACCGCUAGUUUCGUGUUAGCAUAUGAUUCUGAUUUGUACAACAUUCAUGAACUACGGAUUAUUUGUGCACUAAUAGAAACAUGAAGUUUUCGACUUGUCCA